UAAAGAAUUUAAAGAGCCAAGGAUGUGAAUAUAAGAAAAAGUAACAAAGAGGGACGAGUUAGUAAGACUUCAAAAAUUUGAGACUUUCAGCCUCCUGCGAAAACUUCUGGACAUUUUUCGCGGUAAAACAUGAGGGAAAACCUUCAUUCGAUAUUUUCAGCGGCGUUUGGCGGCCGAACGAGUUCGACAGCGCGAACGGCGGCGCGAGGCUUCGCCGGAAGAUCUACGGCGUUUCGACGACUGAGACGGCGCGUUGGAGGUAUGUUUUCCCUUUUGUGCAAUUCAUGCGCUUCUUUUGGUGGCUUUGGCUGGCCAAAAAGCCGCAAAACAGAGGCGGCUCUUGGGGACAACGCUACACCAGUGACGGUAGGUCAAGGAGUAGAGUCAUGGAUCGGGAAUAAUAAAAAUAGCGCAAAGAAGUGCGUGAUGCAGUAAAUAGGGUUGGCAAACCAAGUGCUUCAUACGUAUGGACUAAGCUACCUUGUCACAAUAUUGGUGCCCUAACAAAAUAUAGAGUAUAAAG